AUGCGUGCAACAGUAGCCAUCGCUUCUCUUCUCUCGCUAGUUGCUGCGGCACCAUCUGCCGAGAGCCUCACCAAAAGACAGCCCGUGUCUUUCGUUGAAUCCACAGGCCUCGGAAAGCGUGUGGAAGGUGGUGUAUAUAUCUGCACAGAUAUAAAUUGGGGUGGAAACUGCGGUUUUGCUAAGCAGCCAUGGGACCAGUGUAUUCAGCUGGAUUCCCCCUGGUGGCAUUCCAUUACUUCAAUCGGCCCUGAUGAGUACAAUGCCAUUGUGGCCUACGAGGACUAUAACUGUGGAUCUUCUAAUACCCUAACCAUCUGGAGCCCGGGCUAUGCGAAUCUGGGAGCCGCAGGAUGGAACGACCGCAUUGGUAGCUUUAAAGUGAAGCAAAUCCCUGGGCGCAACUGCGUAUACGAGCUGGGUAACCCAUUCCUUCCUAGCGUCGAUUGUACUGUCUGUUGCAAUGGAUGUAAUCGUAGUGGAACGGGUUGCUGUCCUGCCGGCAGCUCUUGUUAA